AAAAGAUAAAGAAAGAGAGAAAAGAGAUAUAGUUAAAAUGCAAUGUUAUACAAAUGAAGAAGCACUAGCAAGUCUCUUCAUCAAUGUCUCAACCUCCUUCUUUCUCCUCCUUCUCCUUUCUUACUCCGCCGUCUCCCUCCUCCUCAAGUUCUUCCACUUCAUCGGAGGCUAUGCUCUCCUCCAAAGGAGUGAAGAUGAAUAUGAUUCAACGGCGUGGCUUUCCGAUGAAGAAGAAGAAGAGGAGGAGGAGGAAGCAGAAGAGGAAGAGUUCAAGAUGUCUUGUAAUACAAGUUACCACGUGAUAACUAGAGAUGAAAAACCUAAUCAUUUGAUAGCUGAUAUAGAAGAUGAUGGAGAGUCUUUAGUGUUUUACAAUAAUAACUACAAAAGUGUUACAAACAAUCGUCACACAGAGGAUGUUAAUGUUAUGAGUGUUCAUCAAACUCAUGAACACGAAGAUGAUCAAGAAUCCAACAUUUCUUCCACAGAUGAACACUUUUCCUCUGCUAAUGUUUCUUCUUAUCGCAGCGAAUCAUCAAUAGAAGAGGAAGACAACGGCGUUGAAGAUCUUCGUGACGAUCUUUUUGAUCAUCAUGAUGAUGAUGAUGAGGUAGAAGGAGUGUCAGAGUACGACGUCGUUGAAGAUUUGGUUCGUAAAAGACCAGAUAGAAGUAUUCGUGGUCCCUCUCAUGUCCAAAGUGGUUUGGUGUUCAAUGACAAAAGCUACAAUGGAGAGUUUGUCUCUGAUGGAGGAAUCAAGAAUGAUGUCGAGGAGAUACAUCCAUCAAUGGGAUUUGCCACGAGAGAGAUCAAAACAGAGGAACUAUUAGAGGAAGAAGAAGAGAGAGGAGAGAUAUUUGGAGAGUCAUGUACGAAUGGGUCAACGUCAAAAAGCUCAUCGGAAUGGAGAAACUCUUUGAAGACCGACGAUCCUUUUUCCUCCUCCUCUCGUCGGAGUUGCCCCAAAUGGGAAUCUUACACCGUCUUCCAAAAGUACGAUGAAGAAAUGACUUUUCUCACUAGGAUCUCUGCUCAAAAGCUUCAAGAAUCAGAUACGUUGAAGUCAAUCAUGGUGGAGCCAAGAUCGAUCUCGGAGAGGAUAGUUCACAAGUUGUCUUCAAACGUACACAAGAGAAAGCAACAAAACACAAGUAGUAACGGGCCAAGACCAAAUCCAUACGUGGAGCUAGAAACAGCUUACGUGGCACAGAUAUGCAUAACAUGGGAAGCUCUAAGUUGGAACUACAAGAGCUUCGAGAGAAAAAGAUCGUCCACGCAGCGAAUCAGCUUCAACGACAUCGGAUGUCCAGCAGCAAUCGCUGACCAGUUUCGUACGUUUCAUAUUCUAUUACAAAGAUACGUCGAGAACGAGCCUUAUGAAAAUGGAAGAAGACCUGAGAUAUAUGCUCGAAUGAGAACUCUUGCUCCCAAAUUGCUUCUUGUUCCUGAAUAUCAUGAUUACGAGGAGGAAGAAGAGAAAGAAGAGGAAGAGUUCAAGUCGAGGAUAACAUCAGCUGCGUUCUUGAUGAUAAUGGAGGAAUGCAUAAGAACAUUCAUGAACUUUCUCAAAGCUGAUAAAGAGAAGCCUUGUCAAAAGAUCAUCAAAGCCUUCCUUGGCAGAAAUAAACGAGGCUCUGUUGAUCCAACGCUUGUUCAUCUAAUGAAGAAAGUCAACACAAAGAAAAAGACAAAGCUGAAAGAGAUACGUAAAGGAGGAAAAUACAUGAAAAAGAAAAAGAUGAGUAUAGAGGAGGAAAUGGAGAUACUAAUGGGAUUAAUAGACUUGAAAGUGGUGUCAAGAGUGUUGAGGAUGAAAGAAAUGAAUGAAGAGAAGUUGCAUUGGUGUGAAGAGAAGAUGAGCAAAGUUAAGAUUAUUCAAGAUGGAAAGGCGUUUCAAAGAGAUUCGACUCCACUUUUCUUUCCUCCUCAUUGACCCCACCAUUUUAAUCAAUUUUCUUGAAUAUACCCUUUAUUCUUUCCCCACCCACAUCCUCUGGUUUUACACGUCAUAUUGGAGGAGAUCUUUUAGACAAAACUACGAAUAAAGAGCACCAUAAAGUUUAAAAUUUGAAUAAAUAGAUAGGGAUAUACUGUAGAUUGCUUUAGUUCUUCUUUUACUUUCUCUUUGCUUUUCCUUUUCUUGUAUCUUUUUACUUUUUUGAAAUAAAAUUUUCAGCCUUUAUUAGGUAUAAG